GUAUUAUUAAGUAUGUGUGUUGUACUAUGUGAAGGUUAAUGAAUGUUUCACGUCAUCAUAUUAAUUUAGUGUUUAUCCAAUUAAUAAGUGAAUUUUUGUUAAAAUAUGUUGUACACGUGACGUCGAGUGGACAGUAAAUGUGUGCAUAUUUUAAGCUGUGAGUUUAACGGUAAACAUCAACGUGUAAAAUGGCGUGGUUCGGUGACAGUCUUUCUGGAUUAUCUCAAUUAAAAGGCCAAAUUACGAACUUUACGAAAGAGGUACUUUCCGAAGGGAUCGUAAAAGAAACUGAUGAUCAAACGUUGCAAUUAAAAGAAGCGAACGAACGUUGCAUAAAACUGCAAGAGUUAUUGGACACGAAGGAUGCCGAAAUUUCUAUGUUACGUCGACAAAAUUGCGAGCUGCAAAAAAUUGUCGUCGAGUUGGACACCAAAACGAAAGAAUCGAACGAGAAUCAAGAUGAAGAAAGUGAAGUUUUCUUCUGGGAUCCACCGUCUGUUAAAAAUCGUAAUUCGAAAUAUCAAAAUCAUGGGAGACAAUUGCAAGAACAAUUGGCACAAGCCACCAUGAGAAUACGUGAAUUGGAAGCUGAACUUAAACGAACACAAAAGGCUAACAAUAAUACGAGUAUAAUGGACGAACUUCCGGAUGGUCAUCAUCAACUGGCAGAAUAUUUACGUGCAAAACAAGAUAUGGUCAAUAGAAUCGUACGAAUGGAAGAAAAGAAUCGCGAGGUUGAAAGAAACGUCAAACGAAUGCAGGAAGACGAAAUAGCACUGGUGAACGAUUUCAAUAUGGUCAUAUCGAAAUUGGAUUAUCAGGAAAAGGUCAAACUGUUUCGUGAUGUAUUGAAAAAUUUGGAAAAUGAUAAACAAAAGUCAUUGUUAAUUGACAAAGAAAAAAUGUACGAUUAUUCAAUUGAUGAGAAGAUACUCGACAAAAGUAGCGAAAAUAAUCAAUCGGAAAAUUUGAUAUUGGAUUCUCAGGAAUGUUCUAUGAGUAAUAGGGAAAUUGAAUUGUCUAGAAAAUUACUAGAAUUGCAAGAUGAAAAUAAAAAUCUUAAUAACAGUUUGGAGGAACUUGAUCGACAGCAUGCACAAUUUAUUGAAGAAUUAUUAACAUUGAAGAAAGAAAACGAGAAGAAACAUCAGUGUCUACAAAAUGCGUACGAACAACUUUAUGUUGAACACAAUCAAGCUGAAAGUAAAGUCUUGGAAUUACAGAAUAAACUUAGCAUGAUGGAAAAAAAUAAUAAAUGUCAUUUGGAAAAAGCUGAGAAAAAUGUUCAAACGGAGGAGGAUGAUAAUGAAAAAAAUGAAACAAAAAUAAAUGACAAGGAGGAGUAUGUUGAUAAUGGUAAUGGUAAUGAUAAUUUGUUGUACGAAUUGGAACAAAAAGUAAAAGAUAUCUUGAAAAAUUCGUGCAUAGAAAUGAAUGAUACAAACGAGUCGAUUUUCGAGACUAUUGCAAAACAAUACGUCGAGGUAAAUUGGAAGAAGGACGUUUUAGAAAGGAAGGUAACUGAGAUUACGCGAAAUCUAAAUGAGAACACAGAAAUGAGGGACAAUUUGCAACUGGAAUGCGAAGACAUGCAGGCCCACAUAGAUUCGUUGCUUUUAGAAAUUCAACAUUUGAAAUCAAAUUUGCCAUCUAUUCCCGAAGCUAGCGAGGAACGUGUUGCAUCCUUGGAAACUGAAACUGAAUCAUUGCAAGAGGAGGUUAACAAAUUACGUCAAGAGAAUGAUAAAUUGAAAAAAUUACAUGUUACCGAUUCUAUAAGAAAUUUCGAAAACGGUUUAUCGAUCAAUUCCAACGAGAAUUUAUUCGACGAAACAAAAGUUCAAAAAGUCACGAUGAUGAACGAUGGUUAUUGUAACAUAUUUAAAAAUGAUGAAGAUUCUGUCGAAGAUUUGAAACGUAGGUUGUUAGAAUUCUCGAACGAAACCAGCGAAUUACGAACGUCUUUGGAAAAAUACAAAGAAACCAUAGAGGAACUUAGAUUGGGUAAAGAGAACAUAGCUCAUGAAUUGAAAGCUUCAGUUUGUAGUAUGGAAGAAUUGGAAAGGGAACUUAAAGUUACUUUGAAUAUUAAGAACGAACUGGAACGUGAAAAUAGCAAUUUGAUUAAGGAGAACGAACAGUAUCAGGCAGAUUUGAUUAAAUUGAAAGCAACCGCCGAUGAUUCGAAAAGAGUAGAAAACGAUUUGUUGGAACAACUUCGUGAAGAAUUGAAAAAAGUUAAUAUAGAAAGAAACCAUUUGGAAUAUGAUUUAUUCAAUAUGAGAGAAAAAUUGGACAAUACUUUGCACGAGGCAAAUCUUAGGCAAGAUUUGAUAGCUGAAUUGACUCAAGAAAAUGAGAAAUUUGUCAAAGAAAAUGCAUCGUUGUUGGAUCAAUUGGCAGCAACUCAAGUAGAAUCCCAAGAAAAGAUAGAACUGUUGAAUACAGAAAAAUCUUUGCUCGAAGAGGAACAAUCGGAACUUCGAGCGGAAUUAAGCAAAUAUGAAAUGACUAACGAUUCGAUAAAAUCACAAUUAGAAAUUUCCGAAAAAGAAAUAAGGGAUCUUAAUGCAGAGAAUAUGCAUUACGUAGCUAAACUACGUAAUAAAUUAGUGGAAAUGAAAGAAUUGCAAGAAAAAUUCAAUGAGAAAGCAUCUGUCAAUGAGUUGUUGCAAAACAAACUUAUGGAAACUGAAGUUGAAUUGAAUAAUUUACGUUUGAAAGAAAAGGAAAUUACUGAAAAGGAAUUAAAUUUAAUGCAAAGCCGAUUGAUGGAAACUGAAAGUGAAUUAAAUGACUUACGUUUAAAGAACAAAGAGGAUCAAAACGAGAUCGCAAUUUUGAAAAAAACCAUAACCGAUUUGAACGAUCAAAUUCGUUUGUUCGAAGAGAAAUCUAGGCAUUUGGAAUCUCCAACGAAAGAAAAUGACUUUGAGAGGGAAAUACAAAAGUUUGUCGAUAGUUUGGAAGAGAAGAAUCAACAAAAUGAAGAAUUAAAAGAUAUAAAUAAUAAAUUAAGGACAGAAAUAGCAGAAAUAAAAAAUCAAUUGGAGUCUAAUAAAGAAAAUGUUUCUAUGGCUAAAGAGACCAUAGAAAGUUUGUCGAAUCUUAUCAAAGAGAAGGACAACGAAAUAGAAUCAUUGAAGAUGAGCAAUCAAGUUAACGCAGUUGAUUCGAAAGAUUUUCUUAAUCUCAAAAAUGAAAGGGACGAGCUUGUUAAAUUGGUUCAAAUAAAACAUACCGAGAGUCUUCAGUAUCAUAGCGAAGUUAAAAGAUUAUCUGUACUAUUGACGGAACAAAUGUAUCAAGCUCAAGAGUUGCGGAACAAUAUUUCCAUGGAACAAAAUAAUAUAGCUAAUUUGUUAAAUGACAAAGAUCAAGAACUUGCAGAAACUAAAAACGAAUUGAAAAUGAAAAUGGAACGAUUAGAAAAUAGUCAAAAUGUCGAUAAUGGAGAAAUUUGCAAAAUCGCGAGUCAUUUGAAUCAAUUACAGGAAAUGGACAUUCUUAAAGAUAAAUGUGAUGCACUGGAAGCUGCCUUGAUUCAAGAACAAUCCAACAAUAGAAUGUUACAAAAUCAAUAUGACGAAAGUCAAAGUAAAUUAAUGAAUUCGGCUAAAGAAAUAGACAGACUUAGGACGCAUUUAAUAGCGAUAGAGAAUAGUUACACGGAAGAAACUUUGAGGGUUGAGGAUAUGCGUAAAGAAUUGGAAAUCAAAUUAUUGCAAACGGAAGAGAAACUUAAAAAUUCGUCUACCGUGUACACCUCCGCGAGUGUAAGGGCAAAUCAAGAAAUAGAAACGUUGCAACAACAAAUGUUGCUUAUUGUUCAACAAAGGGACGACAUACAAAAUAAAUUGUCUAUGGCGGAGGAUAAAGUUUUGUCGCAGACCGCUGCACUUACUAAUUUGCAAAUAGUUUUGGAACAAUUCCAAAGAGAAAAAGAAAGGGAUAUCAAGAGAGUUACGGAAAAAUUGCAAUUACAACUUCGAGAGUCCCAUGAAAAACAAAACGAAUUAUUAAAUGAAAUCUCUUGUCUCAAGGAACAAUUAGUGGAAGCUCAGGAAUAUUUGCAAGCAGCUUCUAGAUUAAGCGAACAACUGGAUAAGAAAACGGAAAGAAUAGAUCAAUUAAAUCGAGAAGUUGAAAGAUUAAUGGAAUUGGAAAAUACCGCUGAACGAAGAAUAGAAGAAGCUACGCAAAGUGGAAUAGGAAAAGUUGAUAAGAAUCUUAUUAAAAAUCUCUUGCUUGGAUAUUUGUCAUCGUCAGCAUCAGACAAAUCAUCCGUUCUGAGAGUAAUCGCCACUGUAUUAGAUUUUACAGAAAAUGAUAGAGACAAAGCUGGUAUUAAUAAUGCAGUUGCAAAUAGCAGUUGGUUUUCGCGUUUUAGUGGAACUGGUACUCCAACCAAGGAUCAAGAAGCUUCAUUGUCAGCUGCAUUUGUAAGAUUUUUAGAAACCGAAUCGAAACCAAAACCUCAAUUACCUGCUUUGCCAAUAUCAUCAUCGUCCUCACCUCGGCCAACACAUAGCAGACAACAUUCAACUUCGUCUAACCAUUCGACAUUAUUGCUUUCCAAUGUUACAUUACCAACAUUCCCCGACUUUGUUCCAGCCAGAAAUACAGGAUCCAUUCUGAAAGAAGUAUUAAAGGACAGCUGAUAUUAAAAUAAUCAAUGCAGUAAUUAAUAUAUAUAUAUACUGCAAACAGCAUCCUGCUGUAAAAAAAAUAAUUCAAUGAUAAAAUACAAGCUAAAAAAUAUCCUAUCUAUUAUCGAGCCUAACUUUUUAUUCGGACAUUGAUAUAUUGUAAUAUAAUUGCGCUCUGAAAAGAAAAGAAAAGAAAAGAAAAGGAAAGGAAAAAUAAACUGCCUUAGUAAGUUUUGUGCUGCAUUUAUCGAUAGCUUGAUCAAAUCAAUUCUUAUAAUCUAAGCCAGUGGAAAGAAAAACAUAAAUAAACGCGAUAAACUUUAAUUAGUGAUGUGAGAUUCUUUGAAUGAAAAAAGAAAAAAAAAAGCAAUAAAAAA